AUGGCGGUCCAGGGGAAGGGAGCAGUUCGUACCUGGUUAGAUUGGUUGAGCCCUGAGCAAGGGGCAGGUGACGCAAUCCAUCUCUCCGGUGAACAAAACAUAGAAAACACCAACCAAACUGCUCCAGAAGAAGGGGUUUUCGUUUUGCGGAAGUUUAUUGGGAAGCAGGUUGGGGUCACUAAGCCAUUGCUUGUCGUCUUUUCACUGCUACUCCUGUCUGCUGUUCUUUUCCGGGUGUCUAGCAGGUGGAACCCGAUCAAAUUGAGGUCCUCCCGGUUAAGCUCCCAUAUUGAAUGGGCUUCGCUCUAUGUGUACGGUCACAUUAUGCGGAUUUACAUGGACGAUCUCAACGAUGCAGAGGAAGAGAUGAAUAAGGAAUGGGAUGCGUCCCCGAAAUUUGUGCGGAAAGCUUUUCAGAGGCAAUUCACGCCGUCGCUCAGCGACAGUCAAGCGCUUACUAAAGAUCCGUUGGCGACCAUCAAUGACCACGUGGAUCAGAUGCUAGAAUGUAAAUUCCCGCUUGAUUCUUCUGCGAAAGUGCAGAGUGAUUUCUUGCAACACGUGCAGCUGUUGCUCACCACUUGUCGCAUGGUCACGCUUCGUCUGAAGGAGUUGAAGAGCUCCGUCUCUUUGGAAAAUGAGCUGGAAGGGCAUGAUAGGGAUUCUGGAGUAGGAGAAUUCUUUGGCAUUUCUCCUUCAAUGAAGGCGGAUGAUUUCUUGGCUAACAUGGGGAUGGUUGAGAGUGAACGGAGACAGUCAGUAGAAGGAGAAAUUGUCGAAACAAAUGACGUCAAAGUUCCACUCAGUUUUCCUGUCCACGAAGAACCUGGUAGUAAUUCUCUUCUUAAAGGCAGCUUCGGCAUUUCUUCGUCAAUGAAGGCGGAUGACUUCUUGGAUGGCGUUGGGAUAGUUGGCAGUGGACGGAGACAGUUCGUAGGUGGAAAAGUUGCCCAAGGAGAUGGCCUCGAAGUUGCACGCAGUUCUCCUGUCCACGACGAACAUGAUAGUAAUUCUGACACUGAACACAUCUUCAGCCGUUCUGUGUCGAUGAAGACGGAUGAGUUUUUGGGUUUCGCCGGGAUGGUUGGCAGUGAACGGAGACAGUCAGUUGAUAUAAAAUCAGCCGAACAACUCUUAGACCUGUUGCUAGAAGCGGAAAAACGUAAUGUCUGCAACUUGGAGGCCCGAUACUACUUUGAGCAUUUUCUUCAACCCUCUGGAGAAGAUGACGCCUUCACAGCCACUCCCUCCACUGCCAAACACCAAAUUCCAUACAAUGGAAAACCAUUUAGAACUGGAGCUCUCGCACAAGCAGCUGCCCAGAUAUUUCGUGAAUAUGAAGGCAAUACGAACUAUCGGAGGAUACGCAAGAUUCACCAGAUCGCGGGUAAGUGGACAAACGAAAGUGUACUAGAGGCUACGAAACAACAAGAGAAGGAAAAUUGGUACAACUUCCAACACCGGUUGCACAAUAGAAGAGAACAUAUGCGCGCGCUGCUUAAGAAGGGCAUAGAAUACGAUGAUUUGGAAAUGAUCGCAUUAUUCCUUCUCUAG